AGAAGGAUGUCCUCUAACAAUGACACUGCCUCAUAUCCCUCUGUCUUCCUUCUGCUGGGUAUACCUGGUAUGGAGGCUUUCCAUAUCUGGAUUGCAUUCCCUUUCUUUGCUGUUUAUCUGAUUGCACUUGUGGGGAAUGUCACAAUCCUAUUUGUGAUCAAGACCGAGGAGAGUCUUCACCAACCCAUGUUCUACUUUCUGGCUCUCCUCUCCUUUAUUGAUCUGGGCCUCUCCACUUCUACCAUCCCCAAGAUGCUGGCCAUUUUCUGGUUCAACCUUAGGAAGAUAAGCUUUGAAUGCUGCCUCAUCCAAAUGUUCUUUAUCCAUAGCUACACUGGUAUGGAAUCUGAUGUACUACUGGCCAUGGCAAUUGACUGCUUUGUUGCCAUCUGUUACCCACUGAGAUAUAAUACUAUUCUCACCAACAAAGUGGUAGCUAUUAUGGCCAUUGUUAUAGUGGGGAAGCCAAUGCUCCUUGCCAUCCCCUUCUGCCCUCUUCUCAAACGAUUGCCUUUCUGUGGACACUACAUUAUCCCUCAUACUUACUGUGAGCAUAUGGGAAUUGCUCGUCUUGCUUGUGCUAGCAUAAGUGUCAAUAUCAUCUAUGGCUUAUUUACUAUUGCUACCCUGAUAUUGGACUUGAUCCUUAUUGCCCUCUCUUACAUUCAGAUUCUACGAGCUGUUUUCUGCCUUCCUUCCAGGGAUGCCAGACUCAAAACACUUAGCACAUGUGGUUCACAUGUCUGUGUCAUCUUAGCCUUUUACACACCAGCAUUUUUCUCCUUUAUGACUCAUCAGUUUGGUAGAAAUGUUCCACGUUACAUUCACAUACUCCUGGCCAAUCUGUAUGUGGUUGUUCCUCCUUGUUUAAAUCCAGUCAUUUAUGGGGUCAGGACAAAGCAAAUUCAUAAUCAAAUUGUAAAAAUAUUUGUAAAGAAAGAGUGA